GAGGAUCGAGUCUAGGCCGGGAGAGCCGUGCCGACGGAGUCAGUCGGUGCGUGGAAACCGGCGAGCGUCAUACAAGCACGCCCGCCCCGUCGCGCGCCUCGAGAUUCGAAACACCGCCAACGCGCCGCAUCUUCCUCCUCCUUCUUUUCCUCCUGCUCCUCUGGUCCCCGUCUCUCACGGUCUUUCCUGUCAGAUUCGGGCUCACGAGGGCGAAGGGCGAGAUGAGUCGCGAACUUGUCGUGAGUGCGUGUGCGUGGUGAGGGCGAUUUUUGACAUUCCUUUUUUACACUCGACGGAGAAUCGCAUUUUGAAAAGAGAAGCAGAAUGGAGGAGGUAUCCGUGGAGAAUGCCAAGGUGUCGGACUCGGGAUACUCCAACGUCUGCAGCGACAACAGUCAGUCGCAACGCAGCAGUGGCAGCUCGAUCUCGAGGAAUAGCAAUCGCUCUGAGAGCAGCGGUUAUUGCGGUAGAUGUCCUUCGACCUUCGGAUCCAGCAAUGAGGCUCUACCGCAGCCGAUCAGCAAGAGAAAGGACAAGGAGCACAAGAAGAAGAAGUCGAAAGCGAUCGCGACGUUUAACCCCGCCGAGGCGGAAGCCGGCCCGAAGACAGUGGUGAAUAAAUCGCUGCCGGAAAUCACGUCGUAUAACGCCGUCGCGCCGGCGAACACCGUACUCGACAAGAAAUCAGAAGAGAUAACCACCAUAGAAUUGGUGGACGCAACGGAUCCCGGCGAGCACAACGACGACACCGUCGUAGAUCGGGAAACAGGACUUGCUUCACGAACGAUCCCCCUGGACGAUUCCACGUCUCAGGCCAAUGAGGGAUUUUGCGCGGUGAUUUCAAUGCACGACGGUCUCGUACUGUACACAACCCCGUCGAUAUGUACCGCCCUCGGCUAUCUCAAGGAUGCCUGGAUCGGUCGAUCCUUCAUUGAUUACGUGCAUCCGAAGGACAAGACUACCCUGGCCGAUCAGAUCACCAGUGGCAUCGCCUCGCCACAAGAGGAAUCUAAGGGAAUCAACGGCAGAAGGGCGAGCCUGUUCUGCGGACUGCGGAGGUUCACCAGGUGCACCAUGCCGAACGGAUAUCGCGCGGACGCCAGAUCGAACCUGUACCUGCCGUUCCACCUGACGUUGUCGUUCCGGGACCGCACGACCGAGCAGCAGCCCAGCAACCGAGCUAUGUUCCUCGUAGUUACCGCUCAACCCGUCCAUUCCGCAUACAAAGCGCCAGAAGAAACAAUAAUAUCUUCGGUAUUCACGACCCGCCACACCGCGACGUGCCACCUAUCCCAUGUCGAUCCCGACGUAGUCCAAUACUUCGGCUAUCUACCGCAGGAUAUGGUUGGCCGUUCGCUGUUUGACUUCUACCAUCCCGAGGAUCUACCUUUCAUCAAAGACAUCUAUGAGACUGUGAUCAAGCUCGAAGGCUCCUCCUUCAGGUCGAAGCCGUACAGGUUCGCCGUGCAGAACGGGGGCUGCGUCGUCCUCGAGACCGAGUGGUCGUCCUUUAUCAAUCCCUGGACGAAAAAACUAGAGUUUGUCGUAGGUCAGCAUCGGGUGCUCAAGGGACCGGUGGACCCGGACAUCUUCCGCGUGCCGCGCGACACCGAGUGCGGCUACCUGGCCAGCAUCAGCGAGGAGGUGUUGAAGGAGGCCAAGAUCAUCCAGGGCGAGAUACGGGCGCUUCUCGACGAGAGCAUCCAUAGAACGUCAGAUAUAACCGAGCUCGACGUGUCGAAGCGAUGCAAGGAUCUAGCGUCCUUCAUGGAGAGUCUGCUGCAGGAGACGAAGGCGCCCGGAGUCGGCAAGGACGGACUGCUCGCGGCGGACGAACUCAGGAGCUUUUCGGGAUCACGCAAUCCCUUGUUUCAGGAGCACGACAGCGUGAUGCUCGGUGAGAUCUCGCCCCAUCACGAGGACUACGACAGCAAGUCCUCCACGGAGACGCCGCCGAGUUACAAUCAGCUCAACUAUAACGAGAACAUCGAGCGCUUCUUCAAGAGCAAACCGCCGUGCGCGACCAUGUACGGCAGCGACGAGGAGAACGUCAAUUCCAGCAACGAUGAAGGCGCGCGGAAAUGUAUGUCGCCGAUAAACGGCAGCGGGGCGAGUGGCAGCGGUAGCGCGGAGAAUCUGAGCAGCGGUUCCAAUAAUCAGACGAGCUCGGCGAGCCGGGGCGACGCCAGCAACACCGCUAGCAACAGCAACACCACCGCGACGGAGAGCUUCAAGCCGCCCACCCUGACGGAGUCGCUGUUGAAUCGCCACAACGAGGACAUGGAGAAGCUGAUGAUGCAGAAGCACCGGGAGCUGCGCUCCAGCAUCAAGAACAGCGACAAGCUGAAGGACUCGCGCAUCAAGACGGAGAAGGUCAACGGUACGGAGAGUGGUCAUUACGUCAAUCAGGGUCACGGAAUCAAGAGGAGCGGCAGUCACAGCUGGGAGGGUGACAGCUUUAAGGUAUCGAAGCACGAUAAAAUCUCGAGGACAAGCACGGCGGGUCCGGCGAACCUCACAACCACCGUCACCAGCAUGAGUGUCGAUCAAUCCACCGUGAUACAGACGAGAGCGAAUAUUAAUCUGUGGCCUCCAUUGUCAGUUACCGUGCCCUCCUCCGCACCUAUUCAACCCACCGUUCCACCCCAAAAUACCAACUCGGAGGCUGUACCCAGAUUUCCAUUACUCCCGUCAAUGAUACCGGUGUACUACAUGCCGGUACCGCAGCCCAGCGAGUCCACGACGACGGUGUCGCCGUCGCAAGAGAAGUUGGGCUCACCACCGUCAGCGCAAUCGACGCAACAAAAUCCUUACAUGUUUGCUCCAGUAUCCUACGUCGCGACGGCGAUGGCCGGGAUGAUAUAUCCGGCGAUGAUUGGCGCACCUCCACCGCGUACUAUGAUGUACCGACCCUUCCUGAUACCUGAGCAAGCACCGGCAACGACGCGCGAGAACCAGCAGCCUACACCCAACGACAAGUGUCCGGAUCACAAACGACCAGCCAGCCAAGCGACUAGCGUCAAGGCCGAGCCGGGGAGCAUAAUGGCUAUGUCCGAGUCCUCCAAGAAGGUUCUAUCGCCCGGCGAGCUGUUCUCGUCAUGCGUGAGCAACGACGGCGGCUGCUCGAGCGUAGUAGACCUCCUAACGCCGGUGAUCGUGAAGGACCAUCGCCGGCCGAGCGACUACAACGGCGACGAGUCGAGCUCGUCCAGCUUCUAUAGCAGCCUCCUGUACAAGAGCGACAGCAGCUGCAAUCCGGAUCAGAAGACGUGCGAGGUCUCUUCCGAGGUAGAAAAUCAAACGGCGCAAUGCUCGAAAGACGUCCACGGGGCGUCUCGAUCUUUCGAGCACACCAAGUGCCAUCAGGGGAUGCGAAGGAGGGAUCCGUCCUGGCUGGAGGGCGUUCAAUUGACGCCGGAGUUGAUCUACGAGUACCAGAUGCAUCCUAAGACACUGAACGAGGUGCUGAAGGCCGAUCUAGACGCGAUGAAGAACUUCAAUCAGCCGUUACUGGUGAACGAUCAACUGGGACAGCUCUACCUGGACUUGGAGGUGGAAGGUUUCGGCACCGAGCUCAUCCUCGAGGACGGGAUUACGUCGAGCGGAAGCGACAGCGGAAGCAGCAACGGCAGUUGGACUGAAUCGCAGCGCAAGAGGAGAAGAAUGGUGAAAUACGGCAAGCUAGUGAUGAUCCACGAGGAGAAUGCACCUCUACCGCCUCCAAUACCAUCCCAAACUAUAUCUUGCCAACAUUCGUAGACGUUUGCGGUCGACCCGCCACGAAUUAAAGUCUUAAAAGGCACUCAAAGUUAGCGUUCGCUUCGUCAUGCCUGCGUUUCUCUCAGAUGAGUCCAAGACCAAAUAAGAAUUGAUUCUUCGAGCUGAUCGAACAUUCUUACCGAAAAAAAACUACAAAUUGACUUGUGUGUAUAAGCGACGAAUGAAAUGCACUCGGUGAGGGAUACGUGAUUUUUAUCGACAUUUGAGAAUAACUGCGCGAUCCUCCGAUUUUUAUAUCUUUUUCAAAAGGAUCGAUUUUCUAUUGAAGAAACGACAAUUAAAAUAGAUCACAAGUUAGGUAAUAAAGACAGAUUGACCAAGGUACAAAGCUCGGAAAGACUUAUGAAGUUGCCUUAGCACAGCGGAUUCGAGUACAUUUCCCAAGAUUUUUAAUGCGAAGUAGAGCGCAUAAUUAAAUACCUGUGAGAUUCCUACGAGAUUGCACUUAUAUUAUAUUUACGUACGUGUCUCUCAGAGCCACCGGACGUUUCCUCAAUCACGGAUGCAGAUUUCUGAAUCGUCGUGAUUGAAGGAACGCGCGAUGAUUUUUAGAAACAUCCUGUAGAAAGUAGAUGAUACACACACACAUAUAUAUAAUUAUUAACGUGCGAGUAGAAAUAAUGACUGGUUUCUUUCGACGCGGUGCGUCGAAGAUAGACUUUAUAUAGUAAAACAAGAAAAACGAAUAUAACGACUGAACUCGAUGCAUACAUAAUUUUCAAUACCGUCCGCGUAAUUUUGUAUGCCGUUAUAAGUAAACUGUGUAUAUGAAUUGAGACCGAGAGAUUUCUACGAUUUUGUAUUAAUCAAGCGGACGCAGAACGCACGAAAGUAGAGAAAAAAAGAAUACUUUUGAUAAAAUAAAUCUUGAGUAACAAUCUGUUUUUCU